AUGACUGAGAAGAUAAACAAUAAUCUUAAUAGAUCGCUGUCAGACACUGAUGUGGACCGAGUGGGACUACAACGACAGGACUCUAUUCUCAUAACGCCGCCUAGUUUUGCUCCUAGAAUGAAGAGGAGAAGAGAAAGCGACUCUCUUAACGAGAUAACAGCACUUAGGGAAGAAAUGCAAAAUAUGUGUAAAACCCUCCUCGCUGCACAAGAACAUGAAUUCAAAAAAAAUACUGUUAUUCUGCAGGGUAUUCAACAAACAAGUGUAAGCAUUGAAAGUUCAAUUUCCUUUCUAACGGCACAAAAUGAAGAACUAAAAAAGAAAGUCGAAUUAUUGGAGGGUAAAAUAAAACAAGAUAAUUUAUAUAUCAUUACACUAGAGGAUAGACUAGAGAUUAUGCAACUAGAGGGUAGAAAGGCUAAUUUUGAGAUAAAGAAUGUGCCAAAAAAACCAAACGAAACGACAGAAGACCUAUUAAAUAUGGUGUUUACCUUAUCAAGAUCAGUGGCGUUCACUAUAUUGCAAUCUGAGCGGGGAGGUUAUGUGCUAUUGAUGGGCCAAAACACUUACAGGACUCACGGCAAGAAUAUGGACAGAAAUGUCACUUGGUACUGUUCGAAGAGAAGGUGGACAUUAUGCCAGGCUUCAAAGGAUGAUAAAAAACCGGCUAUUGUUGAAUGUUAA